AUGCAACCGGCCCGACAACACGACCCUCUACCCGCGCCGCACCAGCUGCGCGUUGUCGGGCUGGACCACGACGAGCCCGACCCCGAGGCGGACGACAUUGCCAGCCUGCUCACGGCCUGGAACGACGCCACCUUGCGGCUCGAGCAGACGCACGCGGUGCUGCAGACCGAAGUGACGCGGCUGACCAACGAACUUGAGAUCAAGAACCAAGAGCUCGCGAGGAAAAACCGCCUGGCCGAUCUGGGCCAGAUGGCUUCGCACGUCGCGCACGAGGUCCGCAACAACCUGGUGCCCGUCACCCUUUACCUGAGUCUGUUGCGGAGGAGGCUCGCGGACCAAUCCGAGAGCCUGGACAUCCUUUCUCACGUCGAGGCAGGGUUUACCGCCCUGGAUGCUACCGUGAACGAUCUACUCAGCUUCACCGCUCACCGCCAACCGCAGUGGCACAGCUUCCUGGUUUGCUCGCUGGUGGAGGAGGUCUGUGAAUCGAUGGCGCCCCAGCUGAACGCCCAGGGUAUAGACGUCGACAUCGACGUCCCGCCCAACACGGUCCUGACCGCCGAUCGCGAGAUGAUCCGCCGCGCGGUGCUCAACCUGGUGCUCAACGCGAUGGACGUCAUGCCCAACGGCGGCGAGCUGGUCGUCACCGGCUACGACGGCGUCGCGCAGUUCGAGCUGGAGGUGGCCGACAGCGGCCCGGGCCUGACCAGUGAACAGAAACGCCGUUUAUUCGAGCCGUUCUACACCACCAAGGACAAGGGCACCGGCCUGGGUCUGUCCGUGGUGUUCCACGUCGCCGAGUCGCACGGCGGCAAGGUCACGGCCAUCAACUGCCCCGAAGAUCCCCCGUCGCGCCAUGGAGGCCGCCGCUUGACCGCCCCCACGCCAACCACCCCGAUGGCGACUGUCCUGGUCGUCGACGACCACGCCGCCGCCCGUCACUCGGUGGCGGACGUGCUGUCGUGCGCCGGGUACGCGGUCGAUCAGUGCGCCAGCGCCGUUGAGGCGCUGGGCCGCAUGCGGGACCACGAGCCGGACGUUGUGGUGACCGACCUGCAGAUGCCAGGCAUGAACGGCCUGGAGUUCAUCGAGGAGAUCGGACGCCGGGAUCACGCCUGCCAGGUGCUGAUGAUCACCGCGCACGCCAGCGUCCAGACGGCGGUCGACGCGAUGCGGAUUGGCGCGUUCGAUUACCUUGAGAAGCCGUUCGACGUCGACCGGCUCGAGGCGAGCGUGGCGCGGGCCGCCAAGCGACGGUCGAUCUCGGAACCCGACGACGCGGCGCCCCGGAUCCUCGGCGACAGUCCGGCCAUGCGCCGGCUGCACGAGCAGAUCUCGCUGAUAGCCCCGACCGACGAAACCGUGCUCAUCUGUGGCGAGAGCGGCGUUGGCAAGGAGCUGAUCGCCCAGACGAUGCACUCGCUCAGCCGCCGGGCCGCGGGCCCCAUGGUGGGCGUAAACUGCCCGGUGCUGUCGGAGCAGCUCGCCGAGAGCGAGCUGUUCGGCCACAGGAAGGGCGCGUUCACCGGCGCCGACGCCGAUCGCGUCGGACGCUUCGAGGCCGCGCAGGGCGGCACCAUCCUGCUGGACGAGGUCACCGAAAUCAACCCGCAGCUGCAGGCCAAGCUGCUGCGGGUGCUGCAGGAGCGCGUGUUCGAGAAGGUCGGCUCGAGCGAGGCAAUGCCGCUCGACGCACGGGUGAUCGCCGCGACCAACCGCCGGCUCGAGGAGGAGGUUCAGGCGGGACGCUUCCGCGAGGACCUCUACUACCGACUGGCCGUGGUGCCGAUCGCGGCGCCGCCGCUCCGCGAGCGCGGCGAGGACGUCCUGCUGCUGGCGGAGCACUUUGCCGAUCAGGCGGCGAGCCGCCUGGGCCGCGACCGGCGGCUGACCGACGCCACCCGUGACCUCUUGAUGGGGCACCACUGGCCGGGGAACGUGCGUGAGCUGCAGAACAUCAUCACCCGCGCCUGCGUGCUGGCGGAUUCGGACGACAUCAACGCCGACCUCAUCCGACCGUGGCUGGCCGGCUCGCCGCCCGCUGCCGUGGCGGCUCCGCCAACGCCCGCCGCCGCCGACAAGACACUGGCCGAGGUAGAACGCGACGUCAUCCUCGCCACGCUCAGCCGAAACGGGGGGCACCGUGCCCGCACCGCCGCGGCCCUCGGCAUCGGCGUGCGGACCCUCAGCGGCAAGCUGCGCGACUACGGCGUGCCCCCCGGGGAGAAGCAACUGGCCCGCGCGGCCUAG